CAAGAAUCGACCUGGUUCCUAGUCUGUUCUUUGGGUCAUUGCCGUCCCUGAGCAUAGCCAAGUUGACCACUGAGGCUGGCUUUCAAGACUAAAAACAUAAUUGGUAUAUACAAAAUAAAAGUGUCUCUUCUACCACAGUUGAACUCAGCUUUUCCAUGUUUAACCAAACAUCUCAAAUUUAUCCCUGGCAGAUUGACAGGUACAUGUGAAGAUUUUUUGGCAGUUUAGCGUGGAAACCAUUGAUCACCUUGCUCUCAUUUCUACCUGUUCUGUGUUGGCAAGGGAGAGUGCCCAAAUGAGCAAGAUAUCGCAGCAAAACAGUACUCCAGGGGUGAAUGGAAUAAGUGUUAUUCAUACUCAGGCACAAGCCAGCGGCUUACAGCAGGUUCCUCAGCUGGUGCCUGCUGGCCCUGGGGGAGGAGGCAAAGCUGUGGCUCCGAGCAAGCAGAGCAAAAAGAGUUUGAGCAUGGAUCGAAAUAGUGACGAGUAUCGUCAACGCAGAGAGAGGAACAACAUGGCUGUGAAAAAGAGUCGAUUGAAAAGCAAGCAGAAAGCGCAAGAUACGCUGCAAAGAGUGAAUCAGCUCAAAGAAGAGAAUGAACGAUUGGAAGCAAAAAUUAAGUUGCUGACUAAGGAAUUAAGUGUACUAAAAGAUUUGUUUCUUGAGCAUGCACACAACCUUGCAGACAACGUGCAACCCAUUAGCACUGAAAAUACAACAGAGUCUGAUAAUGCAGGACAGUAGACCUCAUCCUCUCUAGACUUUACAACUUGUGACUUGAACUGUAAAGGUGUGACCACCUACAUCACUCAUAUCAAUGGCUGAAAGUUGGCUUGUUCCAUUAUUCAGAGAUCCAUUAGAGGUUAUUUUCUAGGAACAGCACUGAAGAGUUGAUUAGCUAAAAAUGUUAGCCAUGCAAUUCAGAUAUCUGGUUUUAAAUAAGGAUUUCUGUGAGGAUCCAAAGCCAAAAAUGUUUGAGGUAUAUGGUAAAAAAAAAUCCUGGACCCUGAUGUUCUUAAUAAAUCCCAACUUCCUAAGAAAUGCUUUUUUUUUUAAAGUUGAUAAAAGGAAUGGGAAACUGGCAUGUUGUGCAGAAGGUUCUUUGUUUUAAUGGGUAUGGUUAAUUGGAUUAAGAAAAGUUGAAUGCCAUCUGUGUUAAUCUAUUUGUGAAUUUAUUCUACAUUAUGUAUUAUAAAUCCUUAGAGCUGUAGAAACCAA